AGAUUUAUUUAUAUAUUUAUUUUCUACAGAUUUGAAUCUUCUUGGAGGGAACAGAUGAAAUUAUGGCCUUGUAUUUUUUCAAUCAGUUGAAACCUUCUAUUUAUGUUGUCCCAAGCCGAAUUAAUAAAGUAAGCAAUGAAAUUAAACUUGCACAAAUAAAAAAACCUUGGUUGUUCCUUAAAGUUUUCAAUGAUGAAAGCUAUGGAUCACGUCUGCCUGAACAUUACAAAAAGUUCUACUGGAGCUGGAAGCAUGGCCCCAAGCAACCAGUUCAUUACGACCCUCCUACUGAAACAUUCAGACUGAGUCCUAAUCAGGAGAGAGUGUCACUAGUGGAGGACCAUGGAGUUCAGGUUGUGUAUCCAGAAAAUUGUGAUGCUGGCCUAUGGGGAGGUGAAGGAGUCAUUAAAGGAUACUACCACAUUGGCAAGUACAAAGGUGAGAACGCCAAGUACUGGUGGCCAUGCGUCAAGAGGUCCGUUGUUUACUCCGAGAUCCUGGACAAAUACAUGGAGCUCAUGGUGACCGAGCGAGCCUUGACUCUCAUAGACCAGCACUAUGGCCUUGACUUCUAUCUAUUGAAGAACGCGUAUGCAGACAUCAACUCUGUGUUGGGCUUCAAACUGAAGCGCGAGAUGCUGCUGGCCCUGGCCAACCAGACGCUCUACCCUGACCAGCCUCACGUCCGCAGGGAGAUAACAACGAAAUACCAACAAUUUAUGAUGCCCCCAGAGGAGGUGGAGUGGAUCGGCCUGACGCUCGAUGAAGCCAAGAUGAAGCAGAAGAAGCUUGAAGAGCUCGUCCAACCAGAGCCGCUCAAGUACGAGUUCCGGUCCCAGUUACUGGAAUACCUUGAAGAAAACCCGCCAAGUGAUGACACUAGGAAAACUGGAAACAGCGAUGUAUCUGAGAAUGAAGAGGCCUCGUCUUCGGGGCAAUCGUGGCUGCAGAAGUUCAAUCCAUUCGGCAAAAAACCGUCUACUUGAUAUCAAACUUUAUUUUACAACCAAUCACAUCUGUACAGCCAUAAAGCUGAGAUUUAACUCAAACAUUUUUAAUGAAAAUCCUCUCAA